AUGGGAAAGGACUCCCCCUACGGCGUCUAUUUAAACGUCCAGAACUCAUUAAACUUUCACACAUUUGCUCAAGACUUCCCCGGCGUGGAGGACAAGCAGAGUCUUCUUAACGACAUCACUUAUUUCUCCAAUUUCCAAGUAUGCCAAGUCCUUGAGUUAACAGACAGUUCACAGCUACCAGAUCCGACGAUAUUAGAUUCUAUUCCCAACCAAUUGUGUUACACGGGGAUCAUUUCAUAUAAUUUAGCGGAGUUGUAUUGGGCGAAGUUAGAGCGUGACAAGCGCGGAGUCCAUUCUGUCCCGAAUGUGAUGCGGAUGAAUUAUCGAGGGUAUUUAGGGGAUUAUUUGAUCUCACGGAAGGUCGAGAGUACCGUCUCAGUUCAUCGGCAGAUGCGGACGUCUUCGGGGGAUUUAGGCGUGAUUAUGUAUGAUCGGAGUAACUCGAUACCCUUUGGGAUGAUAUCUUUCAAUGUAGUUGCGAUGUUAUUACACUAUGGAGUACCUCCGGAGACGUUAUUAUUACCCGUUCCGACGUAUGUGAUAGAGAAAGAGUUAGGUGUAGUAUCUUUAAGGGAUCAAGUGAGUUAUUUAUAUAGUAUAAUAGAUAAGAAUGAUCCAUAUGCUAAAGCUAUACAAGAACAUAUCAAUCUGACGUAUUUGAUUCGGCAUAGACAUAUCCCUUUAAGACCUUCAUAUCGACUUGUCGGCGUGAUUGAUCCAUUCGCUGUACUACAAGCUGGAGAAGUCGCGUUGGGCCUUGAAAGAAGCGCGUUUGCGUUGUUUGGGAAGACCGUCUUAGUAGCUUCUAAUACAACAGUCACGCCACUCGCGUUACAACGGUUUCAAGUCAAGAACGAGAAAUUGGCCGGCGUCGACUUCACGGGGUGCGUCGUAUUCAACGCGGUCGAUGGAUUUUACUAUAUGAAUACCGAGUUUGACUCAGUCAAUUUCAAUUACAGGAAAAGUGAUUUCAUCGUCAUCUCUGAGAAGGAUAAAGACACACAUAAUAAGUUGAUGGAGCUUGAUAUCACGCCAGUAGUCCAAUCGAUGAAGGGAGAUGAGUCCUUUGGCGCACUUGUCUCGAAAAUUGUGAACCAAACGGACGCCCUCCGGGAGAAGGCAGUCAACUACCAACUCCUAAGAGCUUUAGUGACAAAGUCCAGAGGAGAUUUGGACGAUUUCUCGUACGUCUUAUUCAACUUGAUACACACCGACGAGAGAAUUAAAGUCAAGGAAGAGCUUUUUAGAGUCCCGAAAGUCCCCCACGCGCCGAAUUUCUUUGGAAUACAACUUGAGCCAAUGACUCCUUAUUUCAGGUUCGAAGAGCUCUUCAAUGGGUUUGUGGAGGACGAGGCGAGGAAGAUUGAGGCGUUCUAUAAGAAGGAUAUUCGAGAGAAGUCCGCUUUAAAAGUCCUUAUGUCUCAGGCGGAGAUGUGUAGUGAUGAAGAUUUGGAGAACGCAAGAAAGCAGUGGUUCCACUACUCCGUGCAACUCAAGAAAAUACUCGACGGCGAGCAAAACUGGUUACUUCAGUUUGUGUGUGGCGCCGCAUUGAAGAAGGGGGGUAUCGAGAGAAGUAUAGAAUCAUUACGGAGGAGGUAUAGAAUGUACAACGGAGCACCCGAUGUGAGGAAGAAAGUCGCUCUUGCUCGAUACAGAGUCGUGUAUACCGAAAAGAUUAGUCAGGAAAAGGCUUAUUUGUCUCCUAGUUUCGCCUUCCUAAUGGCUGAAACUUUGUUCUUAAAGGAACAAGACACCUUUGCCUUCUCGUCGAGAGGAGGAUUGUUAAAACAGUGA